AUGGCUGCGACUGUUGCGCCCUCACACGCUGGUGGCCUACCAUCUUCAUCGGGAAUCUCUGCGCCCUCGCAUUCCGCAAACUCUCACUCACAUGCCCAAGAUGCUCCGAAUGGACCAACAUCUCCCACGCCAAGUCCAUUACCGCAAACCCGAAAAUUCAAUCUUCGCGACUUCAGACGAGUUCGCACACUAGGGACAGGAACAUUUGCUCGGGUCUGCCUCGUUCGUCCCGCCGCAACUGCGCAUAUCCCCCUUGACCAUCAACUCAACCCCGAAGUCUACGCCCUCAAGAUCCUGCGGAAACCGGAAGUCAUCCGCCUUAAACAAGUCGAUCAUGUCCGACACGAACGCGCUAUUCUCGCUGAUGUCGCAGGCCAUCCUUUCAUCACAAACCUAAUAGCCUCCUUUUCCGACCAAGAUUCGCUCUAUAUGCUGCUCGACUACGUUCCAGGCGGAGAGUUGUUCACAUAUCUUAGAAAGUUACGACGCUUCGAAGAACCUGUCGCACGCUUCUACGCCGCCGAGAUUGUUCUUGUUUUGGAGUACUUGCAUGAGCAGCAAGGAGGUAUUGCCUACCGAGACCUUAAACCUGAAAACCUGCUUCUGGAUCAAGAGGGCCACAUCAAGCUUGUCGAUUUUGGCUUUGCCAAGCGACUCGGCUACCGUGAGGAUAACCCGCCCCGUCGAGACAUACACCUUGUGCGGAACACCUGA